AUGGGCAAGAAGGGAAAGAACGCGCCGGAGGAUGCCAACGACCAGCUGGACCGCAUCGCCAUCGUGUCCGCGGACCGGUGCAGGCCGAAGAAGUGCAAGCAGGAGUGCAAGAAGUCGUGCCCGGUGGUGAAGGUGGGCAAGCUGUGCAUCGAGGUGUCGGGCUCGUCGAAGCUCGCGUACAUCUCCGAGGACCUGUGCAUCGGAUGCGGCAUCUGCGUCAAGAAGUGCCCGUUCGAGGCUGUGCAGAUCAUCAACCUGCCCAAGAACCUCGAGAAGGAGACGACGCACCGCUACGGACCCAACGCGUUCAAGCUGCACAGGCUGCCCAUGCCCCGCUGCGGGCAGGUCCUCGGCCUCGUGGGUUCCAACGGCACCGGUAAGUCCACCGCGCUCAAGAUCCUCUCCGGGAAGCUCAAGCCCAACCUCGGUAAGUUCGCGACGCCACCCGACUGGCAGGAGAUCAUCCAGUACUUUCGCGGCAGCGAGCUGCAGAAUUACCUGACGAGGAUCCUGGAGGACGACAUCAAGGCCCUCAUCAAGCCCCAGUACGUGGACCACAUCCCCAAGGCGGUGAAGGGGCAGGUGCUCCAGACCCUGCAGGACAGGGACGACCGCGGCAAGGUGUCCGAGCUCAUCGACGAGCUCGACCUCGAGAAUGUGUUGGACCGCGACGUCAAGGCGCUCUCCGGCGGCGAGCUGCAGAGGUUCGCCAUCGCCGUCGUCGCCGUGCAGGACGCCGACAUGUACAUGUUCGACGAGCCGUCCUCGUACCUCGACGUCAAGCAGAGGCUCAAGGCGUCGCGGGUCAUCCGAUCGCUUCUGCACAUCGAGAAGUACAUCAUCGUCGUGGAGCACGACCUCUCCGUCCUCGACUACCUCUCCGACUUCAUCUGCUGCCUCUACGGUAAGCCCGGCGCGUACGGCGUGGUGACGAUGCCCUUCGGCGUCAGGGAGGGCAUCAACAUCUUCCUCGCCGGUUUCGUGCCCACCGAGAACCUCCGCUUCCGCGACGACGCGCUCACGUUUAAGGUUGCGGAGACGGCGGAUGAUUCCCUCGCGGGGGAGACCAAGUUUCUCCGCUUCUCCUACCCGGCGAUGGUCAAGACGCAGGGCGACUUCAGGCUCACCGUGGAGGCUGGCGACUUCACCGACACCGAGAUUAUCGUCCUCCUCGGCGAGAACGGCACCGGUAAGACGACGUUCAUCCGUCUCAUCGCCGGUCUCAUCAAGCCCGACGACGAGGAGAUGGAGGACCUGCCCGAGUUUAACGUUUCGUACAAGCCCCAGAAGAUCUCGCCCAAGUUCGAGUCCACCGUCCGCGACUUGCUGCACAAGAAGAUCAGAGACGCGUACUUACACCCGCAGUUCCAGUCCGACGUCUUGAAGCCCAUGAACAUCGAGCAGCUCUUCGACAACGAGGUGAAGAACCUCUCGGGCGGUGAGUUGCAGCGCGUCGCGCUCACGCUGUGCAUGGGUCAGCCCGCGGAUCUGUACCUCAUCGACGAGCCGUCCGCGUACCUCGACUCCGAGCAGAGGAUCUGGGCGUCGAAGGUGAUCAAGCGGUUCAUCAUCCACAGCAAGAAGACGGCGUUCAUCGUCGAGCACGACUUUAUCAUGGCGACGUACCUGGCGGAUAGGGUCGUGGUGUACUCAGGCGAGCCCGCGGUGGAGGCGACGGCGCACCAGCCGUGCGGCUUGCUGGAGGGCAUGAACAAGUUUUUGAAGCACCUGGAGAUCACGUUCAGGCGGGAUCCGUCCAACUACCGUCCGCGCAUCAAUAAGAUGGACUCGGUCAAGGACUCGGAGCAGAAGCUGGCGGGGAACUUUUACUACCUGGACGACUGA